CGGAAGACACAUACACACACACACAACGCCAAACAACUAUCAUACCUAUAUAUCCCCUCUAUACCACCACCACCAUCAUCGUCAUCAGCGUCUUCAACUAUCCAAGUUCUAACUCAAUUCUUCGUCAUGCGUCUUCGAAUUCUGACGAAGUCGUCAAUAGAAGAAUAAAAUAAUUAACUCAAGAUGGCAGAAGAUAGAAUAAAAUCAAAAUUGCGCCGUCCGGCGUCAAUUGAGUCCACGAUGUCGAGCAGGACUAAGCCAAGACAUAAACCAUCUCCAAUGUCAAUUCUGAUGCCACAUCUUAUGGUUGGAGAAUCAUUUCGUAAAUAUCGACCACAUGGUCUUCGAAACAUACGGAUGAAUGGUCAUUUAGACUGGAACCAGCUCAGAAAAAGUUUCGAAAAACAGUCAACAUUCCACGGAAUUUCACAUGCAGCUACUGCAGAUGGAAAAUGGAGAUGGUUCUGGUACACAGCAUUUACGAUAUGUCUUCUUGCACUGCUCAUACAGAUAUUCUUUCUCAUAUCAAAAUAUCGUCAAUAUGGUAAAACGGUCGAUCUUGAUCUCAAAUUUGAAAACGCUCCAUUUCCAUCAAUCACAAUAUGCAAUUUAAAUCCGUAUAAGAAAAGUGCAAUACAGUCGAAUCCUAAUACAAAAGCUAUGAUGGAAGCAUACAGUCGACGGAUAGGUUCUGGUGAUAAAACUGAAGGAAUUGCAGCAGCACUAUCAGCAACUGGUGGACUACAUGCUAAAGUUCGUAGAGCAAAACGAAAAGCAAAGGGAAAACCAAGGUUACGGGAUCGUCGAUAUCAUCAAGCAUUCGCACAGUGUCUAUGUGACAUUGAACAGCUAACUGGUGACAGAAAAGGUUCUUGCUUUGCGGCUUUCAAAGGAAAAAUAGAAAUCGAUACAAAUAAUACUGCUGGUUUUAUGAAUUUGCAUACAUCUCGAUGUCUUUGUCAACUAGAUACGGUUUCUAAAGCACUUUGGCCAUGUUUUCCAUAUUCUUCGUGGAAGGAGAAACUAUGUUCGGAAUGUGUGGAUAACACGGGACACUGUCCAAUGAGAUUUUACAAAGGAAAUGAACUUUAUGAAAAUAUCAAAGAGCAAGUUGAUUUAUGUCUUUGUCAUAAAGAAUACAACCAUUGUGUUUCUACGAGAGAUGAUGGGAUAAUUCUUGAAAUAAGCCCAAAUGACGAACUGAAUGAUUUGGAUAUUGGCAAAAAAAUCGCAUCACAGUUGAGUGCUCAACAGGAAAAACAAGCCGAAGUUACUACUACGGAAGCACCAACAGUGACUCAGGCGUUAGGAUUUGAAGAAUUAACUGAUGAUAUUGCAAUUACUUCACAAGCACAAGAAAAUCUUAUGUUCGCAGUUGGAGAGAUGUCAGAAAAAGCGAAGGAAAGUAUGUCCUAUGAAUUAGAUGAGCUUGUAUUGAAAUGCUCUUUUAAUCAAAAAGAUUGCCAAAUGGAUAGAGACUUCACGUUGCAUUAUGAUAACACAUUUGGAAAUUGCUAUACUUUCAAUUACAAUCGAACUGCAGAAGUCGCGUCGCAUAGAGCAGGAGCGAAUUAUGGUCUUCGUGUACUGUUAUAUGCUAAUGUUAGUGAGUAUUUACCAACAACUGAAGCUGUCGGAUUUCGGAUUACUGUACACGAUAAACACAUUGUUCCGUUCCCAGAUGCUUUUGGUUAUUCUGCUCCAACAGGAUUUAUGUCGUCUUUUGGAGUUAGAAUGAAACAAUUCAUACGUCUCGAACCACCAUACGGACAUUGUCGUCACGGAGGAGAAGAUGCAGCGACGUUUGUGUAUACUGGUUUCCAAUAUUCCGUAGAGGCAUGCCAUAGAAGUUGUGCUCAGAAAGUGAUAGUUGAAGCGUGCGGAUGUGCAGAUCCAAUGUAUCCAGUUGCUGAGAUGUUUGGAAAUAAUACUAAACCGUGUCAGGCUGUUAAUAUGGACCAAAGAGAGUGCCUCAGAAAUACUACACUCUGGUUGGGAGAAUUGUAUUCAAAAGGAAAAGAAGCAAUCAUUCCUGAUUGCUACUGCCAUCAGCCUUGCCAAGAGACCAACUAUGAAGUUACAUAUUCAUCAGCUCGAUGGCCAUCAGGAUCCGCAAAGGUUAUGGAGUGUUUACCAGGAGACUUUCUUUGCUUGGAAAAGUAUCGAAAGAAUGCAGCAAUGGUUCAAAUAUUCUACGAAGAAUUGAACUAUGAAACAAUGCAAGAAAGCCCCGCGUACACUCUCACAUCAGUUCUCGCUGAUCUUGGUGGUCUCACAGGUUUAUGGAUCGGUGCAUCAGUUGUAUCACUUCUUGAAAUUGUAACUUUAAUCGUAUUUGCAACACAAGCUUAUGUCAGAAAACGGAAAGGCUCGAUUUCGGCCCAAUCACAUCAUUCAGUACCCGUCCAUAGAGCUUCCAGGGUUUCAUUGAAUACUCUUCACAAAAGCAGUACAACUCAAAGUGUCAAAUUAUCUGUGAUGGAUAUUCGAUCAAUUAAGUCGAUCCAUUCGAAUCAUUCGUCGAAAAGCAAACAGUCGAUUCUCAUUGAGGAUCUUCCGCCAGCAAUUCAGGAGCAAAGUGACGAUGAAGAAGAAACAACAGAAUCUUCAAGAACAAAUGGUUCAUGUCGAUAUCUGGCGCCUGGAGAAGAUCUUCCGUGUCUUUGCAAGUAUCAUCCAGAUGGUUCAAUACGAAUUAUGAAAGCAUUAUGUCCCGUACAUGGCUAUAUGGUUCGUCGAAACUAUGACUACAGCGUGUCGAAUAGUGAAGAAGAAGACGCAGAAGACGAAGUUCAUCGAGAGCCGGAGCCAUUCUAUUCUGCCCCGUAUGAGCAUCGCAAAAAGUGAGAGAAUUAGAGUCAGAAAGAAGAAUGGUUUGUUGUGAAGUCAUCCUCACAAAAAAUCUGUUCAUAAGAAAUCAACAACGGCACUCGAUGAAGAUCUAGCCAUGGAGGCACACAAUGAUCCAGAUGGUAAUCGACCAGUCUCUCCAGAAGAACCAUAAAUCGGUGAAUAAAGAUUCCCAACUCCCCCAAAUCUUAUAUAAAUGUACGUUGUAUCUCACUAAAUAUAGUUUCUCUCCUUUUCAAAUUUUCACAAACAAAAUUGUUCAAGCUUUUCAUGUUGCUGCUGUCUUUCUCAUUCUCAUUGAUACAGGUUGUUGAUAUAUAAUUGUUUUCACUGCAAUAAAUAUUGCAA